AUGUUAUCAUUUAUUUUUAUCAAAAUUGAAUUCGAAUCGAAAUUAUUUCUCAACUCCGGCGUGCUUAGUUUUAAACACCGGAUUGAAAUGAUUAUUUGAAUUAAUUGUGUAAUAUAAACCAGAAAAUGAAUAUUUUAAAACUACUCCAAAAUACGAGAUGCAGUUCCUGCUAUGUAAAUACCUUGAAUAAAAGUGUUAUUUCAAGACUCAACUAUUCCACUGCUGUUGCUGACGAUGAAGAAAUAAUUAUUCCUAAAAGAAUUCCACGAGGUCCUACAGAUAUCUUGAAGGCAUUAGCCAAUGUAACCAAAGCAGAUCCUACAGCAGCUCAUUUUAAAUAUCAUGAUGAUCCGUACCUUAUACCGAUGUCAAACAACAAUAAGAGAAUUUACUCACUAGCUCAAGAAUCUGGUCGAAAAGCAGCCCGAUGGAUAAGAGACGAGAACCCUGAACUUUUUCAGCACAGAGAAGCUGAGCCACCAAUCGAGGUGUUUUUCCCUAAAGCUCAAUACGAUGAAACCGAUGAUUUGGACAAUGAAAUUCUGUACAAAAUAAUUAAAAGUCCUUCGGUCAACGAUGCUGUAACAGUUUAUAAUAUUAUGAAAAAUAGAGGAGAUGAAAUAAGCGAUGAAAAUAAACAAGCGUUACUAGAAUUGCUUUGUUUUUUCAACGAAACUGAAGAAUUUUGUCCCGAUUUUAUCGAAGAAAAAUGGUUUGCUCAAUCGAAUAAAGACAGUAACGCUGUUAAGAAAACAUGGAAAGAUAAUGGUUUGGCUAUGAAACUAUUCGAAGAAUUACCCGAAUCUAGUGAAAAAUAUUCCGCAAUAAUACGAGGAAUGGUUAAAUAUUUCGAGAUUGAGAAAGCAUAUCAAUAUUUUGCUUUAGCUGAAGAAAAAAAAUUGGUGCUGUCGACAGAUGCAUAUAAUGCGUUGCUAACUGUUGCUACGUACCGAGCUGAUGGAGGUUCUCAACGAUGGCAAAUCAUUGAGAACAUUCUCACAACCAUGAAUGAUUACGGAUUGAAGCCAAAUGUUCAUACAUUGAAUGCAGUGCUUCAGAGUUUAGUUCGCAUGCCUAAUUUCCCAGACACUAAGAGGUUCGCCCUAAAAAUGAUAGCAGAAGUGAAACAGUUCGAUGUUCUGCCAAGUUUAGCAUCGUAUGCUCAUCUUCUAAGAAUCUGUUAUAACGAAAGAGGCCAACAAUUAAAUGUCAUCGAAGACAUACUAGAUGAUUUGGAAAGCAGAGAAAUGAAAAUCCAGGAUCCACUGGACACGACAUUUUUCCCUUUGGUGAUGGAGAAAUGUCGAUACAUGAUACGUGACAAAGAAGUAGCUCAUAGAAUAAACAGAUUGCUUUGGAAAGGCGAUAAUUAUAAUUUCAUCGGAACUUCGUUCAAAGAAUCGCAAUAUUAUCGAAACUACUUCCACUUGUUGUUCCACACGGAAAGUGUAGAAGAUAUAAUGCGCAUUUAUGAUUAUUUAGUACCUCAUAUUUACACUCCAGAACUAAAUGUUAUCGAAGAAUUGAUAAAAACUAUUACGAUGAACGGUGCAAUAGAUCUAUACAAACGUAUAUGGACAGAUAUGGUGCAAUUUGAAAUUUACGACAGACCUCAGUUAUUGUCAACUCUUCUAGAAGGUAUGGUAUUGAAUCGUGUUCCAUAUACCGAACCACCAUCGGAAACUGCGAUCGUACUAUCGGAUAUUGCGUGGUCCGUUUAUCAAAAAGCUGAACUAAAAUCUCAACAGCGUCAAAUACCCGUUGAGUGGACCGGUAAAAUGCUCGGUGAAGCUAUUCUUCUACUUCUACAUGGAAAUGCCUUUGACAAAGCUACAGAAGUAUUUAAAAAAUUGAUUCAAGAUGAAAACCACAUCGUCGGUGUACCGGACCCGGAAGUUUUAUCCUUAUAUAUGGAUCAUUGUGUGAAAAAUAAAAAUGUCAAACAAGCUAUGGAAUGCGUAACGUAUAGUGCAAAUAAUGGUUACGGCGAAACCGAAAAUUUAGCUAAGAAGAUAAUUGAAGGCAUGACCCUUAGUCCAGCUGUUCAAUCGCAUCUGGCUGCAAUGGUUGGAAGUCACAUAUUCAAAGAUGACCAAGAAGAGGUAUCGGAGCAACAGGAGUCGGUUUGAUUUUAGUACAUGUUCUUGAACAAUGUUAUUUUUGUAUUAGUUUUCGUGAGGAAAAUCGACGAAUAAAAUAUGUUUUCCUAAAAA